UCCACCUCACAAUUUCCAGAUUCUUCCAGAGAAGAGAAUAAAAAGAAACCGGUUUUGGAAAGACUCGGAAAUUUGUUUGGUACAGGGAAAAGGAAAAAUGUCAAAAGUUCACUAGAACACACUUCACAUCGGAAAGGGGAGAGGUCAGUUUCUCCUCACAGAGCACAGCCAGUAUACUGUAGGCACAUAAAGGAAGGACACGAAGCUCCUCAAGUACAGAAGCAAGUGGGAAAUGUAAGUGCGGUUUCUGAGACACAGGAAUAUAAUUUCAGUGGGGAAGUAGGACCGCUGUAUCGCGAUACCAUUUCAGAAUGGAGUAGUAGGGGAGUCUCUUCUGACAGUGAGUGGUCAGCAGAUUGGAGCAGCAGCAGUGAAACCAUUAAAAACUCCUUCUUUGAGAGUAGCCUGAAUGUGGAAACCCUGGAACUGGAGAAAGAAUCCAUCACAGAUCUAAACAAUUCCACAACCCCAGAUUUCAUAAAAAGCUUGAGAAAUUUGUCUAGUGAAGAUUCAGAAAAGAGUAUCUUAAGCCACAAGCAGCUCGUGAACACGUGGGUGCCUGAGGAGCCUGGGCAUGCAAAACCAAAGGAUUUGCCAUACGAGUUGGAAUCUGCAGCGAGUGAACACACACAUUCUGCUAGAGUGCUAACAGUUGAUAUCUAUCUAAGAAAAACAGACGAACUCCUUAAUGAACCUGUGACUGCUACAUCAGAAGAAAAUUGUAGUGACUCGGACACAAUGGAUAAAAAAUCUGCUAAUAAAAGAUCUGGAAAAAGGAGAAAAUCUCAGUCCUCUAGUGACAUUCCAAAUGGAGAGAGAAACCAGACUGAGACUACUGCAAGAGAAGAAUCUGUUUUUGAUGAUGAUGUGCCUUCUGAGGUGUUUUCAGACAAGUUAAUAAACUCAGAAAGAAAAGCGAAGUCUCCUCAACAGACUCCUGAAAGAAAUUCCUCUUCCUCAGGUAAUAAUCAGGACCUAAAAGUUGGAUCUGCUCACAAAGGGGCAUCUAAAACUGAAGCUGACAAAGGCAAACAGCAGAUCUCAAACACAACCCCUGCAAGGAGAAGAUCGUAUAAAAAGAGUCCGUCGGAUGCUGUCCCCAUUUCCCCUACUGGUUUGAAGGGUCAGGUAAAAGAUUAUUCCUCAAAAAGGCAACCUUUAGCAUCACCAGAGAGUAACCCAAUGACAAAAAGAACUUCGGUGGAAAAGGGAACUAUACCUGUGGCUUUUGGGGAAGACAGCUUGGAGUCUCCCAAAGCUUCUUUGGCUGGUAAGACAGAAGACACUGCCUUGGUGUUUGCUGAAGGCAGAAAUGAGGUCAAGGCAGUAAAGCAUGGUAGUGGUUCGGAUGGAAGAGCUUUCUUGCGUACUGAUGGGAUUAAAAAUGGAGACCUCUGUGUGUCGGCUGAGAGACAGACAAAUUCUGAUUCAGACAGCUCGAAGCUGAAGAGUUUGGAUGCUUCCAGAACAGUCACAACAAAGAUUAGCCUUCCAGCCAAACCGAAGAAUGUAGAGCUGAAUUUUAAAGCACCUACGAAUCAAGACAGUUUAGAAAGUGAGCAGGAUACUCUUGAAAAACCAGUUAAUAAAACUAACAGCAACAUUGCCAACAAAAUUUCCUUGUUUGAGAAUAAAUGUGCUAACCAGAGCCAGAGGCCUGUUGACAUCCCUGCUUCAAAAAAUAAUACUGUACCAAGCACAUUUGUUGGCAGAGCAAAGCUGAAAUUUGGAAAACAACCUAAGGAAAGUGAACAGCCUGAUAAAACGUUAAAUAAGCAAAGCAGUCGCCAGAAGUUGUUUGAGAAUGGCACACUAGAGAAAGAAAGCACUGCAGAAUUAAAAGGCAAAAAUGAAGAAGGCUUUGCUGCUUACGAGGAUGUUGGGAAGACAACAGAACUUAAAGUAAAAGCUGCAAUAUCACUUUUUAACCAAAGCAGCAAAAUUGAUGCUAGUAGUGUCUCUCUGAAGCAACCUGAUCCAGAAUUAACCACAGCUAAAAAAGAAAGUUCGCCUGUUAAACUGUCUUUGCACUCGCCCACUAAAAGUGAAAAUGCUCAAGAUACUUCCUACCAGAGAAAUCACACAAGCUCAGAAUUCCACAGAAGUGAAGAAAAGAUGCUGCCAAACACAGAGGUUUUAUCACCUUGCAAUGAUGAUAAAUAUCCUCUACCAUCUCAUCAGGCUUCUAGAUCAGAAUUUAAGAUGGAAAAUGGAGAUAAAAAGGCAAAGCCGGGAGAUUUGAGCUUUGCAGUGCUGCAGUAUGGUGACAGCAGUCAAGAUAGUGUAUUGACAUCCGAGCACAGCAUCGAUACACCAAAGAGCCCAGACAAAACCUGUAAUGGAUCUGCUGAAGAUGACAGCAUUUUUGAUUCGCCAUCUGACAUGAAGAAAUUUGCUGAAACAAUAAAAAACCUGGACAGCUCGGUUUGUUUACCUCAGAAAAAGAAGAGGUCAAAGCUUCCCAAGUCCCCAGCACCACACUUCGCAAUGCCUCCCAUUCAUGAAGACAACUUAGAGAAAGUAUUUGAUCCUAGUAUAUUUACUUUUGGGUUGGGACUGAGGAGAGAAAAAUCACAGGAGCUGUUACCGGCCCAACAAAUUAAAAUGCAAAGCCUGGAAACAAUAGCCAGAGUCAGGCCCAAGCGUGCAUCAACAGAGCAAAGUAUCAUAUUCAAAGCCUUGCAGUCAUGUAAUAGAGAGGAACCUGCCUUUAGUCAAGAAAUAAAUGGAAAAGAGAACAUUGAUGGUACAGAUGGUGAAAUUAAGAGAUCCCGGCUUGAAAAAAGCUCCCUCUUCUCAAGCUUGCUGUCUUCUACAUCUAAAGAAAAGUUUUUUAAUCCCUCUGUCACCUCAGUAAAUAACACUGGAGCGGCUUUUACAACUGACUCCUCAGGGAUGCCUCCUUCACAACAGGAUGCUUCUGGGCCAUUCGGCAUGCCUCAAAAAUCUGAGUCUCUUUCAGAUAUGAAGUUUCCAAGUUUUGUGGAGAAGUACAUGCAAGCAGAUAAUGCAAAAAAAGAACUAAGUUUACAAAUGCCCAACUAUGGGAACGCUGAGAAAAGUUUUUCCAGCUGGUUAGGGACAAGCAGAUACGAACCAAAUGUCCCCACUAGUUUAUUAGAUGUGGAUGCACUUUCAAGGAAUGGACAAAGUAAAAUCAAUCCCAGACCUGGCAAGCUGGUGAUAUACUGUGAAUCAGACUAUCAAAAAAAUGGUAUUGAAGUUUUCCAUGAUGUUCUGGAUUGCAGUUCUUGGGUUCUGUCACCAACAAUUUUAGUUAAAGUCAUCAGAGGAUGCUGGAUACUCUAUGAGAAACCAAAUUUUGAAGGCCCCUCUAUUCCCCUGGAAGAAGGAGAGCUGGAACUCCCAGAUAUUUGGGGUGCAGGUACUUCUGAAGAGCAAAAUGAAUGCAAAUCUCUAAAGCCUGCAGUGAUUGGUUCAAUAAAACAUGUUGUUAAGGAUUACAGGGUUUGCCGAAUUGAUUUGUAUACAGAACCGGAAGGGUUAGGAAUCGUGACUUCCUUUUUUGACGACACUGAAGAAACAGGGGUGUUUGGCACCACUCAGAAGACCUGUUCUAUCAAAGUACACUGGGGCAU